CUCGGUUGCUACCAUUGCCAAUGUGCCGUCGGGCCCACCCGGCAGUGUCACCGAGAGAGUCCCGUCUCCUCCCGCAGCGACCAACCGCGAGACGGAUAAAUACCGCCACGCGCUCGCACCCAAAUCUUCUCCAACUCAAAACGAGCCCCCAAAUCCCAGAGAGGAGUCGCGAGCUUUUCAUCAAUCCUCUGAUUUUCCCCCAGGUUUCCCCACCCGCAAAGAGCCUCAAAAUUCCCCCUCCUCUGUCGCGACCGAUCGCGACGACGGCGCCGGACGAGCAGACACCGCCGCCACGAUGCCGCCCUCCACCGGCUCCGUCCCACCCGCCGCAUCAACGCCGGCGGCUGGGGACGAGGCCACCGCCGCCGGGAGGGUACUCCUCGGCAGGUACGAGCUCGGCGGCCUCCUCGGCCGCGGCGCCUCCGCCAAGGUGUACCUCGCCCGCGACCUCCUCACCGGCCGCGACGUCGCCAUCAAGUCCUUCCCCAACCCCCGCCACGGCGGCGGCCUCCGCGGCGGCGAGGAGGAUGUCCUCCUCCGCCCCGCGCCCAUCGAGCGGGAGGCGGCCAUUCUCCCCAGGCUGCGCCACCGCCACGUGAUGCGCCUCCGCGAGAUUCUGGCCACGCGCAAGAAGGUCCACUUCGUCCUCGACCUCGCCGCCGGCGGCGAGCUCUUCUCCCUGCUCGACGCGUCCGGCCGCAUGACGGAGGACCUCGCGCGGCACUACUUCCGGCAGCUCAUCUCCGCCGUCCGGUACUGCCACUCCCGUGGCGUGUACCACCGCGACAUCAAGCCGGAGAACCUCCUCCUCGACGACGCGGGCGACCUCAAGGUGGCCGACUUCGGCCUCGGCGCCGUCGCCGACGGCGCCCUCCACCACACCCUCUGCGGCACCCCGGCCUACGUGGCGCCGGAGAUCCUGUCGAGGAAGGGGUACAACCCAGCGAAGGUGGACAUCUGGUCCUGCGGCGUCGUCCUCUUCGUGCUCGCCGCGGGGUACCUCCCCUUCAACGACGCCAGCCUCGUCAACAUGUACCGCAAGAUCUACGCCGGCAAGUUCCGGUGCCCGGCCUGGUUCUCGCCGGAGCUCCGGUGCCUGGUCCGCCGCAUCCUGGACCCCAACCCGGCGACCCGCAUUGACACGGAGGAGAUCAUCACCCACCCGUGGUUCCGCCAGGACGCGAGCCACUUCGCGAUGGCGCAGCUGAUGCAGCACGGCCACGACGAGGAGGCCAAAUUCAAGACCGAGUUCAAGGAGGACGACAUGGCCCGGGACAUGACGGCGUUCGACAUACUCGCAUGCUCCCCUGGCUCCGACCUCUCCGGCCUCUUCGGCGCCGAGCCGGGGAAGGAGCGGGUGUUCGUCGGCGAGCCGGCGGCGGCGGUGCUAUCCCGAGUGGAGGAGGCCGGGAAGAAGGAAGGGUACAUGGUAACGAGAGAAGGGAAGAAGGGCACCGGGCCGGUGUACGUGAAAGGCGAGAACGGCGGCAUUGUGGCCAAGGUCUGCGUGUUCAAGAUCGCCGACGCGGUGUCCGUCGUCGAGGUGGUGAAAGGCUACGGCGCCGAGGCCGCCCGGUUCUGGAAGGCCAGGCUCGAGCCGGCGAUGAAGCCUCCGGCAGCCAUCUGAGCUGCCGACGAGAGGGUGAGCUGGUUCGUUGCCGCGUGCUUGCAAAUUGCAAUCGAGAUUUGUUCUUGUGUUGUUCAGUGUAACCGUGUGAGUGAUGUCUCCCGUCGGCGAAUUGUUUGGGUUUUUUUGGGAUGUAUUUGUUCAUGGACGGCGUCAUGGAGGUGGUAUGUAAGCACGAUUUGGUGAUGUCUGGGCUGGAAAAUAAGAGGCAAAAAAUUCCCUGCUAUGAUGAGCGGACAAGAAUACAAGAUACUGAAGUUCGUCGA